AUGGCGACGCCGAACGGCACAGCCGACGGAGCUGCUGCAGACCCGAGUGAAAUUGAGGCGACAUAUCCUUGCUGCGACAUCGCCCUUUGGUGGCAUGAGCUGCAGCUGCCCGAGAGAGACACCACCCCAGAGCGGCGCGCAGAGGCUAAGGAGAAGCUGCUGCAGCAAAUCGAGAAGAAUGCAAUGGCCCCACUCUACCGCAAAGCAAUUGAAGAAUUCGGCUGGCCCCCCCAAGAGGAAAAAAUAAAGGCGAGGGCAAUGGAGGCGCAGCACGAGCAGCAGCUGCUGCUGCUGCAGCAGCAGCUGAAAGACGCGGAGGAAAACUACGGAGACACUGAAGUCCGCGAAGUGCUGCUGCAGAGGGCCCACUUGUUCUGCAGAAUUGGAGACAUACCCCGCGCAGUGGAGGCCUACAGAGUGGCCUACGCAAAGACUGUGGGGAUCGGAUCCCGGCUGGACUUGAUCUUGACUUUGCUGCGAACUGGAAUUGUCUACAAAGACAGAGACCUCGUCAAGAAGCAACUCUUCCUCGCCAAACAAGAAAUGGAAAAGGGAGGGGACUGGGAGCGACGCAACAAAUUGAAAGUCAUCGAGGCCCUGGACUUCAUUCUUUCCAGAAACUUCACUGAGGCGUCGAAACUGCUGCUGGAAGUGCUGGCGACUUUCCCUUCUUGCGGAAUUAUUUCUUUUGAAACUUUUGUUUUUUAUGCUGCUUUACUUGCGCUGCUUUGCUGCGACAGACAAACCCUAAAAGAGCAGGUGGUGUUCUCUCCAACGAUUGCUGAGGGCGCUGACAAUGACAUGAAAGGUCUUCUUGAUUCUUUCUACAACGCCAAGUACCGCGAGUUCAUGCAGUACCUAGUGCCCGUCGCGAAGCGCGUCAAACGCGACUUGUACCUCUCUCCUCACUAUUUGUUUUUUAUUCGAUCUAUUCGACUAAAGGCUUAUCAGCAGUUUCUCGAGCCUUACAAAACAGUGACUCUGGAGAGUUUGGCCCAGGCCUUUGGGGUGUCUGUCCCCUUUAUCGAACGAGAGAUUUCCGGCUUCGUGGCCUCGGGCCGCCUCGGCUGCCGUAUAGACAGCGUGAACGGGGUCGUCGAGGCCCACCGCCCGGACGCCCGGAGUUUCCUUUAUCUGCAGACAAUAAAGCAGGGAGAUGUCCUUCUAAACAGAAUUCAAAAACUCGCCAGAGUCCUCUCCGUAUAA